CUGGCAUCAGCACUGAAGACAGGUGCAAAUAUUCUGGAAUAACCAAACCGCAGGGAGUCUUGGUCAGAGUUGAGUUUCUGCGUAGAGUCUUCAUCGUCCUCAAUUGUUUUGGGAAAUAUGGCGAGCUGCCUGUACUACCUGCUGCCGGCGGUAGGGGGCUACGCGCUCACUUCACUCUACUUCCUGAGGAACCCGCAGAUUCUCCACAAGAUGAAGCAGACCGCUUUCCGCUGCACACACAUCUCUCACAGAGGAGGUUCUGGUGAAAGGAUCGAGAACACUAUAGAGGCCUUCACACAUGCUGUUGAAGUGGGCACAGAGAUGCUGGAGCUGGACUGUCACUUGACUAAAGAUGGUUUUGUGAUGGUUUCUCAUGAUGAAAACCUCCUGCGACAGACUGGACAAGACGUCUCCAUUUCCUCCCUAAACCUGGAGGACUUGCCUCCUUAUAAGGAGACACUCGAGGUCACCUUUAAAACAGGCCACUUCAGCACAGGAUCUGAUAGGAAAUUGGCACUAUUAGAGGAUGUUUUCCGCAAAUUUCCUCACACGGCUGUAAACAUUGAGGUGAAAGAGAAUAACAUCGUGCUGAUUGAAAAGAUAUCUGAGCUUGUGAAGCAAUACAACAGAGAAGGAAUCUCAGUUUGGGCCUCUGUUGACUCUACCAUCAUGGAAAACUGUCGCAAAAUAAACUCCUCCAUGCCCUAUAUGUUCUCUCAAAAGCGAGGUUUACAGCUGCUCCUGCUCUACUACACCGGCCUCCUGCCUUUUGUUCCUCUUGGAGAGAGUUUCCUGCAGUUCUAUUUCCCACCAAUCUUCAACAAAGCAUACAUACCUGACACAGAGAUUCUGAAAAGCAGACUGGUCAUCUUUUUAAUCGAAAGACUGACAAUGAGAAAAGCGCUGUUCAAGCACCUCAGAGAGCGAGGAAUUCAGAUUCAUCUGUUUGUUUGUAAUGAGGAACAAGACAUUGAUGCUGCAUUUGCCGCUGGAGCAACAGGAGUCAUGACUGACUAUCCCACCCUCUUAUCAAACUAUAUUAGAAGGCGCAAACAAGCCACGUGAUCAAACACAAACAAACCCUUGUACAGUUAAAUACAUGCUCUGUACUAGCGCUGUUUGUCUUUAAACAUGCAGCCAAGUUUAUUUUUAUGCCACUUUAUUAACGCUGGCAAUAAAUCAUAGCACUGCGGUCAGAUGAAAUUUGGUUUAAGGGAUUCUUCAUGGGACAAGUUAUGUGACUAGUAACACAAACAUAAUAAAAGUAUACUAUAUUCCACAA